AUGGAAUCCAUGAACCAAUUGAACACAGGAGCUGGUUCAUCCAACUCAUCGAGCUCAAAAAUUUCAGCACUGAUUGUGGAUGAUGAUGCUGUCACUGGUAAAAUCCACAAGACCUUGCUCGAGAGCUUGUUUAAAAUUGAGACAAAAACAGUUAAGGAUGGAAAGGAAGCAGUGAAUUUGUGUCGUUCUGGGGCUAAGUUUGACAUAAUAUUCAUGGACAAAGAAAUGCCAAUCAUGGAUGGUGUUGAGGCAACAAAACAGCUACGUGCUAUGGGUGUGAAGAGCAUGAUUGUGGGAAUCACUAGCAGGGCUGAUGGCAAAGAAACACAGGAAUUUCUAGCUGCUGGAUUGAACCACUGUCUUGAGAAGCCUCUAAAGCGUGCAAUGGUUGAAGUUGUGUUGCGAGAGCUUAAAAAUUUAAGCAUUUGA